UCAUCUACGUCAACCGAACAAAAGUGUUGCAUCUUGAUUUGUCAAAAGUUUUGUUUUUGUUUAUUUUUAAAGUAACACACAAGCAAUGACUAACGAAAUAUUAAGAAUUUUACUCAAUAAUUCGAUGAAUUGACAAAGUGCCUUCACGAUCAUAUUCGACAGCAGCCACAAGUCGACAAUUUACUGGAAACAUUUGCAAAUUUAAUGGUUUAAUGUCAACUAUAAGAGUAGUUAGGUUAUGUGUAUGAACUCCGCCCAUAUUUUAACUGAAAAUGCGAUAUUUUGAAAGAUUUUUGCUAGUUUUAAGUGUUUUGUGGAUAAAAUGUGUGUCUGCAGAACAAGGAUUUGCCAUCGGUUGCUACGAAGUUUCCAAUUCUAAUCAAAGCAAUCAUCACCGUGUUAGAACUGUGGAUGAAUGUGUAGAUCUGUGUGAGAAAUCGUUUUUCGAAAUUGCAGCAAUAUCCAAUGUCUUUUGUUGGUGCACUGAGUCGAUCAAUGCGGUCGAACUGAACGAUACCGAAUGCAACAUUAAAUGUGUCGGUAACGCUAAACAAAUCUGCGGAGGACCAUCCAGUGAAAGCUAUUAUCAAACUGGUGUCGAGGUUGCCGGACCAGCGACUAAUGUUCGACAGGUGGAUAGGUCACAGACGUCAAUAACAAUAAAAUGGGACGAACCGCAACAGAAGAAAUUUCUGCGAAAUUACAUUGUCCGAGUGAAUCCAAUCAAAACAUUCGCGAAAUCUUUAUUACCUGGCCAAUGGACGGUGCCGAAAGAAAACAAUCAAGUAGACUUGUCGCCGCUGCAUCCUGGCACCACGUACCUCAUCGAAAUAGUGUCCAAUUCCGAUGCAGGCGAAGGUGGUGUUGCUGCAGUGACCAUUGAAACGGAAAUUGGUGUGCCCGAACCAGAACCUCAACAACCAACCGUUCUCAGUCGUGGCGAUACGUCACUUGUGAUAGAGAUUAAGCCACAGACAAACAUUAACGGACCGAUAUCCUUCUAUCACGUCAUCGUUUUGUAUGUUGACAAUGGACUGGUGCAGCAAUUCGAUGAGAAUCUUUUGACGAACUUCAAGCAAGCACAAGAGGAUGGAACAAAUUAUUAUAUAACGGCCGAAUUGGAGUACCAAGACUCAGUUCGUCGGUUUACAAUUGGCGAUGGACGGUAUUAUCGUGGAUACCAAAAUAUUGCGUUGACACCUGACAGUCAUGUUCAUGUAUCGAUUGGGAUCGUAAGUAAAAUGGGCAAUCUAACAACCCGUCGCUAUGCGUCAACUUCUCAUGAGCAACAUGACGUUAUGAUUACAAUCAGAGAGGAUCAAGAUGAGGGCCAAACAGACCUUGUCAUUGUCACGUUGAUUGUUGCCUGCAUCAUCUUUGGACUGUUACUAGUGUGCAGUAUCAUCGCAUAUUUCUAUCUUCGUGUUCGCUUGAAUCGUCGUCUACGUCGUCUUCCAUCUGAUCAUCACGAACUGACACUGCAGGGACCCAUUAUUGAAGUGGAAAAUAAUGGUUACAUACCGGAUGAUUACCUGAAAGGAAAUUUCGAACAAAAGCUGAACGAUUUGCUGGAUAGGGUUCCUGAUGCGCAGAAGUAUCCACGAAAUAUGUUGGCUUUGGAUGUCAAUAACAUAGUCGGUAGUGGAAAUUAUGGAGACGUUAUUGUUGGUCACUUAAACAGGAGACGGUGUCAAGUACAUGUCGUUUCUGAUGACAUGGAACCUCUCGACCAGAUGCAAUUCUUAAAAGAUUUUGCUCAAAUUCAACAAAUUUCGUCCCAUCAAAAUGUGCUCGGCUUUUUGGGCAUAUGUCAGACACCCGAUUGGUUGUACAUAAUGUUUGAGGAGGCAACAGUUACGUUGAAGAAACGUCUGAUCGACGCUCGUGUCACACCGAAUUUCGAUCCGCAUCGAUUUUCCACUCUAUCCGAAGAAUUCAUACUGAGACUACUUGCCGAACUGUCUGACGCUAUGGACUAUCUGUCGAUGCACCAGUUCGUCCAUAGGAAACUAUGUUCCUACAAUAUUUGCAUGACAUCGCAGGACGAAAUAAAAAUCUCAGCCUUCGGUGCAACGCCAUUUGACGACCAACACAAGGCCAUCGAUCUACUACGUUGGAGUGCUCCAGAAGUGCUACGUUUCCAUCACUAUUCCAUUAAGGGUGACGUAUGGUCGUUUGCAUGUUUAAUGUGGGAGUGCUGUAGUUUAGGUGGAACCUUGUACGCGAACAUCAGUUCGGGUGAUCUGCUAUCUCGAGUGAUCAGUGGAGUCAAACCGGAACGCUCAGCGUUUAUGUAUGACGACAUUUAUCAGUUAAUGUUAAACUGCUGGCAAUUGGAACCGAGCGAACGGCCAACAUUCGAAGAUAUCAGUCAGCAGUUGAGACAAUUGCUUACCUCGCCGAAGCACACAUUAUCAUUUGAUCGACGUGACGGUGUCUUGUUACCGUACUACCUACCACUGUUAGAGCAGCAAAAUUCCUAAACAGAAAUGCCAGAAAUUACGUAAGAAACGAUCUGAAAAAUGAAUCUCAUGUUGGUAAACUACAAAUUCGUCCAUUUUGUUCUUUAGAAUUGUAUUGAAACUAUUUUAGUCGGGUUCUCUUUUGCCCGACAUGUAUUUAUAAGCUGUUGUAUGGAAAGCAUACACAUCAACACAUGAGUGAAGCGAUGAUCACAAUCUUUGAUCAUGGCGCAACACAUAAAUUAAUCCUGCCACACGUACUCUAUGCAACGUUUUCUUGUUGUGAGUGAGGAAAGUCGUCGAAAUAUUUGUAAAAUCUAACAAUCAAUUUCAACUCUGGCUUUCCCACUCGAUCUUUUCAACUAUACAUUCCAUUAGCACUAAGCACUAACGAUUUUGUUCUCUAACUUUCGUACUUAAUCUUAAGACACUCAAU